UGUGGAGAGGAGUUCAGGUAUCAGCCAGCGGGAGACAGGAGGGAGCAAUAAAGACGCCAGGGCCCUGGCUUUGCUGCUGCUGACCCCAGCAAGCAGAAAUGGCCUCCGCCUUUAACCCCAGAGAGUGUAAAUUGUCCAAACAAGAAGGGCAGAACUAUGGCUUCUUCCUGCGCAUUGAGAAGGACACCGAUGGGCACCUGGUCCGGGUGAUUGAGAAGGGGAGCCCAGCAGAGAAGGCAGGGCUCCUGGAUGGGGACAGAGUUCUCAGGAUCAACGGUGUCUUCGUUGACAAGGAAGAGCACGCACAGGUGGUGGAUCUGGUGAGAAAGAGUGGGAAUUCUGUGACUCUGCUCGUCCUGGAUGGAGAUUCCUAUGAGAAGGCUGUAAAAACACAGGUGGACUUGAAAGAAUUAGGCCAAAGCCAGACGGAGCCGGCUUUGAACGAUAAGAAACCAGGCCCUGUGCUGAAUGGGGCGGUGGAGACGUGCGCCCAGCCACGGCUCUGCUACCUGGUGAAAGAGGGCAACAGCUUCGGCUUCUCUCUGAAAACCAUCCAAGGUAAAAAGGGUGUGUACCUGACUGACAUAACACCCCAAGGAGUGGCCAUGAAGGCGGGUGUCCUGGCCAACGACCACUUGAUUGAAGUAAACGGAGAAAACGUAGAGAACGCCAGCCACGAGGAAGUGGUGGCGAAGGUGAAGAAGGCAGGCAGCCGUAUCGUGUUCCUCCUGGUGGACAAGGAGACUGCCAAGUGUCACAGUGAGCAGAAGACACAAUUCAAGAGGGAAACAGCCAGUUUGAAACUGCUGCCCCAUCAGCCCCGGGUGGUGGUGAUCAAGAAGGGAAGCAAUGGCUAUGGAUUCUACCUGAGGGCCGGCUCUGAACAGAAAGGUCAAGUCGUCAAGGACAUAGAGUCUGGGAGCCCAGCAGAGGCAGCUGGCUUGAAGAACAAUGACUUGGUAGUUGCUGUCAACGGAGAGUCCGUGGAAGCCCUGGACCACGACAGUGUGGUGGAAAUGAUUAAGAAGGGCGGAGAGCAGACUACACUGUUGGUGGUGGACAAAGAGGCAGACAGCAUCUAUAGACUGGCUCGUUUUUCUCCACUGCUCUACUGCCAAAGCCAAGAACUGCCUAACGGUUCUGUCAAGGAAGCUCCAGCUCCAGUCCCUGCUCCUCUGGAGGUCACAAGCUCAGACGCCACAGAGGAUGCGGGAGAGUACAAACCCAAGCUCUGUAGGUUGAUCAAAGUGGACGACAGCUAUGGCUUCCACCUGAACACCAUUCAGGGUCAGCCAGGCUCCUUUGUCAAAGAGGUGCAGAAGGGUGGCCCGGCUGACAAGGCUGGGCUGGAAGAUGAGGACAUCAUCAUUGAAGUGAAUGGGGAGAGUGUGCAAAACGAGCCUUACGAGAGGGUGGUGGACAGAAUCAAGGGCAGCAGCGAGCACGUCACCCUCUUGGUCUGUGGGAAGAAAGCCUACGACUACUUCCGAGCUAAGAAAAUUCCCAUCGUUUCCUCCAUGGCUGACCCCCUGGUCGCUAGCCCUGGUGGCGAAGGAGAAACAGUGGCGGCAGUGGAGUCCCAGCCUGACUCCCACACAGCAAAAGAGCGCACUUACAGCACAUCCUCGCUUUCUUCUUCCAACUCUGAAGACACAGAGAUGUGAUGAGAAUGAAUGAUGGUUUUGGCUGCCGGAUUUCUUCCACGUCCAGGAACUACCUUUCCAAGGAAGGAGCUCUCUGCUGACCCAG